AUGGUUAAGCCGUUACCUCGUAAUGCGUUGUUGGCAUCAUUUGAUUUUGAGAUCGCAUCAGAGCCAAUUGAAUUGCGGUAUUGGAACAGCACGACUCCGGAACAGGAGCAAUACGGUCCUGAGCAUUUCACGUUUUUCUCCAAGGCAAUUGCGCCUAUUAUUCAGCAGUCCAAUGCACGUGAGUUGCACUUACGAUUCACCCAAGGUUGGUGGGAUUCAGAUACUUGGGGUGCGUUGCCUAAGAACGGACUUAAGAGUGGUGGGACCGGAGUUGAAGUGUUGGCAGUUAUAGAAGCAUAUGAUGUAAAGGAAGCUCAACGGAAUUGGUUCCGUCUUUCAAAGGCAUUAUCGGGGUUCUUUUGUGCCUCUCUUAACUUCAUUGAACCGGCCAUCACGACUUAUCCACAAUACAAAGCAAACGAUAUAACCAGUCUUCAUUACAUACAAAAGCCUGGGAAUAAGCUAUACAUCCUUCGCGCGGCUUUACCAAGUGAACCAAUAUGUACAGAAAAUCUUACCCCAUUCUUGAAGCUCUUACCCACAAGAGGGAAAGCCGGAAUUUCAUCAUUACUUGAUGGUCACAAGGUAUUUGAUUCCUUAUGGCACAGUAUGGCUGUGGACGUCACAUCUGUGUGUGAUGAUACACAAGAUAAUAAUAAGUGCCAUUUGCGUAUGGAACAGUCAGUGACUGCGAUUGUGGAUGUACUUAGAUCGUUACGGAAGCAUAAGGAAGGGGGGAUCCCUAGACCUGUUAAAGGGGACGAACUUCGGUGUGACCCCUCCAAAACUCACAAUCCAUGGCAAUGUUUCCCCUUGGAUGACCCUGUAGAUCUUAAAUGGAAUUUGGGCACGAUCUUUGGUAGAAACAUCAAGGGUCAGGCUUUUAGUGGGAAUAUAAGGAGUUCAAUUCUUGGACUCAAAGUUGAUUCCAAUCACUGGAAAACUCAGUUGGUUAAACACAAGAAAAGUGGUUCGGAAAGACACGAUAUUGUUGGAAAUUCUAUUGCAUUCUAUCUUGACGAUGAUAUUGAAUAUGAUGUUUCAUUUGAAACUGCAAAUGGUGGGAUCAAUGUUGCCCCCAUUGAAAAACCACCCAUUCUUUUAUCCAGAGCAUUGACUGGAUACUCUCAAGAUCAUGGUGGACUUAGAACCGAAAUCACCAACCCUUCCAACUCCUCUAUGGACUUUGUCUAUUUUGAAACGUUACCAUGGUUCAUGAGACUUUAUUUAAGCAGUAUGGUUGUUUCCUUUGAGAAUGAAACUUCAUCAUAUACCAUAGCUGGUAUUGAUGGAAGCACUCAUAUUAAAGAUAUUUACUACAAGCCGGCUGUCGAUAGGAAAAGACCAGCACAAAUAGAAUUGAGCAUUUCAUUACCUCCAAAGCUGACUCUUUUGUUCAGCUAUGAGUUUGAUAAGUCUAUUCUAUUACUAGAUGAAUACCCUCCAGACGCUAAUCAUGGGUUUGCAAUUGACCCAGCGGUGAUCACAAUAAUUGAUGACAAUAAAAGAGGUAUUUACGAAGUCAGAUCAACAAGUUUGGUUCUUAGUCUUCCUACACCGGAUUUCUCUAUGCCUUACAACGUUAUUAUCUUUACUUGCACUGUGAUGUCGCUAGCAUUUGGUUCUUUGUACCAGCUUUUGGUGAAGAAGGUGGUCACAGAAGAAGAGUUUGAAGCUGCCAGUGUUGACUCUGGUAUCAAAGGGCUUGUGAGUAGAGUAAAAUCCAAAUUGGGUAAGCGUAAGCGUGAUACUGUGACAGAAGAGCCACAAAAGAAGUAG